GUUUCUGUAGUGAUGGGACAGACUGCAGAGAUCUAUUGGCUGCUGGCUUUGUAAAUUUCAUUCAGUUUGGUCCAAUAGCAGAAGGAGAGAGCCUGGUACAGCCUGGACCCCGCUCCCUCUUCAAUCUCGCUUCUUCUUGCCGAUCAGUCUCCCUCGCUCGCUUCCUGUCGCUGCUUCCCUGCAUAGGCAAUCAGAGCUCUCUUUCUCGCAGAUCAAACUCCCCUUCUUGCACUGAUUGUAAUGAAUUUGCCUCUUGAAUGUAGGUCAUUUACUACAGAAAGCGCCGGGUCCCUUCAACCCUAGUGUGGCUGCCGGGUUUGGUUGUUUGUUUGCUCGCCUUUCCCUCCCUUCUUCUGGGGGGCUGUUGCAUUCCUUUGGACCAGCAAAAUCGUGUUGGAUUUCACAAGAGAAGGGGGAGAGAAGCUGGACGCCGGUAAACCCUGCUGCUGGGUGAGCCCCCCCGCCCCUCCCCACCACUGUCCCCUCGAUUUCGAGCCUGGAAAGGAUCCUCAAACAGCCGCAGCUCGUCUUCCUCCAUAAAGGGGAAAAAUGAGCCACAUCUAAAACAGCCUCAUGUUGCCUCCCAAAGAUAGAAUGUAAAAGCUUCUAAAACAGCAACAGCAUUGGUUGAUCCAUCAUGCUGGAUCCUUAACAAGAAGGAGUUACCAUGCCAAUGUCGCAGAGUAAACACUGAGCAUCUUAUUAUCUAUCCCUUUUGGAAAGUGACAUCAGCAUUGAAAUAGGAGGGAGCCAAGGGAUGGCCUCUGGGCACAAGAAAGCACUUGCAUUUUGCAUCACUGGGAUCUCUCUAUGGUCAGUCUACUGAGAUACAUACCACACUAAUUUUUGGGCUUUUCUGUCUGAGCAAGAUUACUUUUUGCUCCUUACUUGGUCAGCUAUUCUACCUUUCAUCUCCCAGCACACGCACAAUUUUCUUUUUUGCAUUUUUUUGUCCCUUUCUGACCAAUUUGAUUUUUUUUUCUCCAUCUGGGUGUGGAAGACAGAAGCUUGCUAAUGUUGAUGUAAACCAUGUCAAGGCCAAUGGGACUCUUAUGGCUGCCUUUGAUCUUUACUCCUGUUUGUGUCAUGUUGAAUUCUAAUUUCCUGCUCUGGAUAACUGCUUUAGCGAUACGGUUUACACUUAUUGAUGGACAAGCACAAUACCCAGUUGUAACCACGAAUUAUGGCAAAAUACGUGGCGUAAGAACACCCUUGCCCAAUGAAAUCCUUGGUCCUGUGGAGCAAUAUUUGGGAGUCCCUUAUGCUUCUCCUCCAACUGGGGAAAGACGAUUCCAGCCCCCGGAGCCUCCCUCCUCUUGGACUGGUGUACGGAAUGCCACUCAGUUUGCUGCUGUCUGCCCACAGUAUCUGGAUGAGAGAUCGCUGCUCAAUGACAUGUUACCUGUUUGGUUUACUGCCAACUUGGAUACUGUGAUGACAUAUGUGCAAGAUCAAAAUGAAGACUGCUUGUAUCUGAAUAUCUAUGUGCCCACAGAGGACGGAGCCAACACAAAGAAAAGCGCAGAUGAUAUAACCAGUAAUGAUCGUGGGGAAGAUGAAGACAUACAUGAUCAGAAUAGCAAGAAGCCAGUGAUGGUCUACAUCCAUGGGGGAUCAUAUAUGGAAGGUACAGGGAAUAUGGUUGAUGGCAGCAUACUUGCAAGCUACGGAAAUGUCAUUGUCGUAACCAUCAACUACAGGCUAGGGGUUCUAGGUUUUCUAAGCACAGGAGACCAAGCUGCAAAAGGCAAUUAUGGAUUGCUUGACCAAAUCCAAGCUCUUCGAUGGAUUGAAGAAAAUAUUGGAUCAUUUGGAGGAGACCCCAAAAGAGUUACUAUUUUUGGGUCAGGAGCAGGAGCAUCCUGUGUUAGUCUGCUGACACUGUCUCACUAUUCAGAAGGUCUGUUCCAAAAGGCAAUCAUACAAAGUGGAACAGCUCUGUCCAGCUGGGCAGUGAACUACCAGCCUGCCAAGUACACUGCCAUCUUGGCAGAAAAAGUGGGCUGCAAUACGUUGGACACAACAGAUUUAGUUGAAUGCUUUCGGAACAAGAACUACAAAGAACUCAUUCAGCAGACGAUCACACCGGCUACAUACCACAUUGCCUUUGGGCCUGUGAUUGAUGGUGAUGUAAUUCCAGACGAUCCACAGAUUUUGAUGGAGCAGGGAGAAUUUCUCAACUAUGACAUCAUGCUAGGCGUAAACCAAGGGGAAGGCUUAAAAUUUGUCGAUGGCAUUGUGGAUAAUGAAGAUGGCGUUUCUCCAAAUGAUUUUGAUUUUUCUGUAUCCAAUUUUGUGGACAACCUGUAUGGUUAUCCGGAAGGGAAAGACACAUUGCGAGAGACCAUUAAGUUCAUGUACACAGACUGGGCAGAUAAGGAAAAUCCUGAAACACGAAGAAAGACUCUGGUAGCAUUGUUUACUGACCAUCAGUGGGUCGCGCCAGCUGUUGCCACAGCUGACCUGCAUGCCCAAUAUGGAUCUCCAACAUACUUCUAUGCAUUUUAUCAUCACUGCCAGAGUGAAAUGAAACCCAACUGGGCAGAUUCAGCACAUGGUGAUGAAGUCCCUUAUGUCUUUGGCAUUCCCAUGAUUGGCCCUACUGAAUUAUUCAACUGCAACUUCUCAAAGAAUGAUGUCAUGCUCAGUGCAGUGGUUAUGACAUAUUGGACAAACUUCGCCAAAACUGGGGAUCCAAACCAGCCAGUUCCCCAGGAUACAAAGUUUAUUCAUACAAAACCCAACCGUUUUGAAGAAGUGGCGUGGUCUAAAUAUAAUCCAAAAGACCAACUUUAUUUACACAUCGGCUUGAAACCCAGAGUCCGGGAUCACUACCGAGCAACAAAAGUCGCAUUCUGGCUAGAACUUGUUCCACAUUUACACAACUUGAAUGAAAUAUUUCAGUACGUCUCCACAACAACUAAGGUGCCACCUCCUGAUAUGACAUCAUUUCCUUACGUCACCAGGCGUUCACCUGGGAAGUUCACCACCAAACGUCCAUUAAUGACGCCAAGCAACAACCCAAGACAUUCAAAGGAUACCCAAAAACCAGAGGAUACAAGUGUUCUGAUAGAGAACAAGAGAGAUUACUCUACAGAGCUCAGUGUCACCAUCGCUGUAGGUGCAUCCUUGUUAUUCCUCAACAUUUUAGCAUUUGCAGCUUUGUAUUAUAAGAAAGACAAACGACGACAUGAGACACACAGGCGUCCCAGUCCUCAACGGAACACAACCAAUGAUAUUGCCCAUAUACAGAAUGAAGAGAUUAUGUCACUGCAGAUGAAACAGCUAGAGCAUGACCAUGAGUGUGAGUCGCUACAGGCCCAUGACACCCUGAGACUCACCUGUCCACCUGAUUACACCCUCACUCUUAGAAGAUCUCCAGAUGACAUUCCGCUCAUGACGCCCAACACCAUAACCAUGAUUCCAAAUACAUUAACAGGAAUGCAGCCUUUGCAUACUUUCAACACUUUCAGCGGAGGACAAAACAGUACUAAUUUGCCUCAUGGACAUUCCACCACUAGGGUAUAGCUCUAUCAUUAGCCCCACCCCAAGCCACUUGGAAGAGUAAAUAAUAAGAAAAAGGAAAAAAAGAAAAAUUCAUAUUCUCCAUCAAGCAACUUGUCAAAAAAUAAAAGGUGAAAGAGAAAGGCAGACAUAAUUUUCUUAUUGAUCCUUUCCAUAGGAAUUCUGAUAUUAUAUAAAAAAGAUCACCUUCAAACCCUGUGAAAUGUGAAAUGUGUACAUUGCUAUUAGGAUACUGCUUUAAUAUCUCAACCACUUUGAUUGAAAGUUAGGAGUUGAGGCCUGAAGAAAUUCACUUAAAAACGAUAUGUAUUGAGUGUAACACAGAGAAGCAGAAACUUCUGGAACACAGAGCCAGUGACUGUACAGUUUUUUUAAUAAAUAAAAUUUUAAAAAAAUGUUCUAUAUGUGCCAUACCGUGAAUGGCCCUUGUUAUACAAAAGACAUCACCAUGGGCUUUUACCCAUCAUACGAAGCUGUAAUCCAGAAUGGGGAAAUAAGAUUUUAUUAUUAAAAACAAAAAAAUAAGACUGACUAUGCAGUAAAUACGUAUAGUUCUGUGCAAAGAGAUGACUUGCCAGCCUGAACUAUAUUUAAGAAACUUUGUAAAAAAAAAAUGUACAUAGCUGUGAGUUUAAAAAAAGAAGCUUUUAUUGAUGUUUUCAGUUUGAAAAGAGCUUUUAGAAAGAUUGUGCUUUCAGUUGUGAUCUAUGUGUAUAAACAUUAGUCAUACCACCUCUGUUUCCUCCCAGACCAAAAGGAGGAUUUUCUUCUUAAUUAUGAGUUGUAAAUGAAGACAUGAGGUUUUUUCCUAACGUUCCAUUUCUAGGAGGACAUGAUGUCAUACAAAGGAUACAAAUGACCGUGUGGCCUGGCAGAUUUUCCUUUACAGGUUACGAACGUGCAUGUUAAGGCAUUCAUAGAUAGGAAACAGUUGGGUUUGUUUUCUUGAAAACCGUUUUUUCUUUUCUCUCCUAUGUUUGUGUUAGCCUUGGUUAUAUUGCAGCACAGAGACGAAUUGGAAGAAUGACAAAAAAGCUUGUUAAAUUCAUCAAUUUUGUAGCUUUUAGUAUCUGAAUAUGGCUGUUGCUUCCCAACUGAGUGUCCUGAUGCAUCUGAAGAAGGUCUGCUGGUUUUGGCCAACCUUUUCUGAGGAAAAUCAGUUCUGCCUUCACCAGCAACUGCAGAAGACGACAAGGCCAGAAAACCACUGCUUAACUAUGUUGAACAGGGAAAACACAUGCUGGAAGAGAGUUAUUAUUGUUGUUGUUUUAAAGUUAGAGGAAAGAGCUGAACAGGUUGGUAUGUAAAGAGUAAGAAUGACCCAGUAAUAAUUUUUAAUGAAGCCCCUUAUUUUUGCUGGUUAAUCUGAUCACAGAAAGGAUGGAUGCCAUGGAGAGCUAGGAAAGAAAGAAAAAACCCUAUCAAAUUAAAUUAGGUGACUUGCCUUGAAGAAGCUGAAUCAUUUUACUUUCUCAAAACAUGAAACCUUUUUUAUUUCGUGCUCCAUUUCCUCCUAACAGGGGAGUUCACUUUGAAACAGAGCUACCCCAAAAGAUGUUUGGCACCUCUGUGUAGUUUAAAAAAAGAUACAGAAGAAUUCAACUGUUUGUGAAGUUGAACCAAGCAAUUAAAUAAAGAAUGGUUUUGUAUUUUGUCUUUAGAAAAACUAAAGUUAAAGAUGGUAACCAAAGAUAUUUGAACAGAGUUGCUCUGCACAAGAUAAUAUAUUUCCCAGGAUGUAUAUUGUAUUUUUCUGUCCCUGUACUAAGAAGGGCACAGCACCAUUAUAUUUCCAUCCCCAUAUGUUCAUAUCUGACACAAGAUGCCUUCUGCCUUUAAUAUUGGCAGCUCAUGACAUUCUAACUUACAGCUACCUUGACAUCUCACUGGCUGUGUGAUAUGCACAGCACCAUGCUGUUCCUGGGAGAGAAAGCAGGUCCUGAGAAUAGCACAAAGAGGGUUGGCAACACAGUAAAAUUGCUAAUGUGACCCAUGAGGUGGUCUUAGUGCAUUUAAUAUAUGCUUUCCUUCUGCUUCCAGGUGAGAUUUUAAAUGAGCCAACCUCUCCACUUUUCACCCAGUUGUAAAUGGGAAAACUGUCAUCUUCCCUGAUGUUUACCGUAAUCUAAUUAAAGCUGGAUCUAUUCUACACCAUCAUCAUAACCAAUGCAUUGCCUCCACUAAGACACAGCAGUUCUUCAUGACUUGGGGGGUAAAAAGGGAAACAAUGGCAUCUUAAUCGGUUGGGUAUGUUUGUUAUGUGAAUUACGGUAUUUGUUUAGUACUUCCAGUUGUCUUCUGCUAGCAAUAUGUACAGUACUGUGUCAGGCUUGUGACAUUUGGGUAAAACCGUUUCUGUAAGUGAAUGAUUUUAGCUUUUAAAAACAAUGACGAUGAUGUCACUUUAAUAAUUUAAUACGUCUGGACAGAUGUAUGAUUUAUAAAUGGCAAUUUUUAGGCUCUUCAUAGGAUUCUAUAAUAAUAACAACAAAGUAUACUUAAAAAAAACUAUAAAAAGAAAAGAAAAAAGAACUUUCCCAGGCUUUUCUUCUUGACCUUAAGAGGCACGCAGGGUUUCUUUUGUUAUUGUUUUUGCAAUUUUCUUUUUCUUUUUUGGUUUUGCCUUAAGUAAGGAUAGAAGAUAUAUAUGGCUGGACACAUAUGUAUAAACUUUUCAGCAGCAUUUUUAAUAAUAAAAUAUCACAGUAUUUUCUAAUGCUUUGUGCAAAGAA